GUUUGGCUCUUUGUCAAUGCAAAGUCUUGGUCAACUGCAUUACUAUAUUGUACUUUGGUAGUUACAUGUGAACAAUUAGAUAGAAAAUUAGAAAGAAAAUCUAGGAAUCUGGGGAAGCUUCGUGUUGGCUUCUAGCUAGGUAAAGAUCAUAAAGCUCGCAUUUGGAGUGGUCCUUACUUUAAUUGAGAAGUGAUUUGAAACAAUGGUGAAGAAGGAGAAGGAGAGAUUCGUCAGAAUUAGUGCUCUGCUAUGGGCAGACAUACUGGUGGCCUACGCCCUCUUCGUGAUGCAAAACUAUCUCACCGAGGUCUGGGGAAUAAGUUUGGUCCACGCCGCCCUCAUCUUGAACAUCUGGAACGGAGUUUACCGGAUGUUGCCGGUUUUCUUCCUCUACUUGGUCCACGCAUUCCUCGGCAACUUCAAGCUCCUCGUCCUCACCAGCUUAUCUUACACCGCGGGGAUCACGAUGGUGGCCGUGUCAACACCUCCCCUCGCACACGCAACCGGCACGUGUAAAAGAUACAAACCGGAAUGCGUGGGCAGCGCUCAGAAAGGGCUCCUCAUCGCGGGCUUGGCCUUGAUAGCUGUUGGAGUUGCCGGCAACCUCAUCUCCGUCAAACCUUUCCUUCUCCAGCAGAGAGCGGGCGGCAGCAGCCAUAACUCGGCUUCAGGGAGUUCAACUGCAACUGCAAGCGCAGCCCGAAAGGCCGAGCCUCAUCAAUUGCUAGGCCUAAUAGGGGUGGUGGUCGUGGGCAUAGCCGGAGCUAUCGCUCUUCCAUAUAUAAGACCCCGAACCCUCAAGUUCGGGAUCCCGGCCAUCUGCACCGCCUUUGGCACCUUCCUCUUUCUCACCGGUUCCCGCGGUUACAAAAAGGAUCGUCAGGUGAAGGAGAGCCCGCUCUGCAUCGUGUGCCGAGUGCUGGUUGCGGCAUCGCUCAAGAGCUUCCGAUCAUAUCCCGAUGGCAAUGACCGCUAUCACGGCUACUCAGAUGAUAACAGGUUCACCACUACUAGGUGUCUCAGGGGACUGGAAAAGGCGGCCAUAAUAUUGCCCGGCGACGACACACAGAGGAGCAAGAGCUGGAUGCUCUGCACCGUAGCAGAAGUCGAGGAGACCAAGAUCGCAGUGCGGAUGGUGCCGAUGUGGAUGACCUUCAUAGUUUGCGGCAUAGUAGCCGCCAUCGGAGACACCUACUUCGUGGAGCAAGCAGGCAAACUCAACCGCAACAUAGGGACACUCAGGCUGCCUAUUCAAGUGCUUCUACUUGUGAGAAGGUCGGUCAAGGAUCAUCUAAACAUCGUGGUGAAAUGGUUGCUAAAGUGCAUUCGACGCGACAUCUCGCCCUCCUUGGGCAUAGCACUGGGAAUGAUAUGUUCGAUUUUGUGUUGCAUUACUGCAGCCUUGGUGGAGAGGAAGAGGCUUAGUGUUGUGAUCAGCCACGGCUUGCUGGACCAGCCCGAUGCACAGAUCAAGAUGAGUGUAUACUGGCUGCUUUUCCAGUUCGUUUUGUUAGGAGGGCUCGAGUCAUUUUUGGAGAAGAGUGUGAGCGCAUACUACAGAGACCAGUCGCCGAGAUCAAUGGAGAAUUACCUCGUCAAUUUCAUUCAAGGCGUGACCGGGUUGGGAUACAUGUGCAGUGCGUUAUCCGUUUAUGUAGUGGGGAAGAUUAGUGAGAGAGGAGGCAAGACCAACUGGUUUCAGCACACCUUGAACCGGAGUCGUCUGGACCGUUACUACUGGGUGCUGACCAGUUUGAGCACUGCGAAUCUUGUUGUGUUCGUGUUCGUGGCGUCGUUUUAUAGGUACAAGAAACCGAUCGGAGAAGGCGAGGAAGGGCCUGAUGCUGGCGGUGGUUACACGGAUGGAUAUAUUGAAGGAGAUCAGAAUAGAUCGUGUCCUUGCUUUUGUUGAGAGUUUGGUAUCACAUCUCAAUCUUUGCUCAUUUUAACUGUAUUCUGGGCAGAGGAUUCUGGGCAGAGGGUAAUAGUGCCAAAAUAUACGAAUUUUCAUAAUUUAUUGUUUAGUACACGAAUUUAAAAUUCUGUCUAUAAACAUGAAUUUAAUUUCUUUUUGUUUUUGGACACGAUGAACAUUUACGGAGAAUGAAUGUUGAGGUAAAAAUUGGAACUGUC